UUAGCGAGGUGGAUAGUGAUACGAAUCGUAUCGGUUGUAUAGCUACUUUAUAAUCGAGUACUGAUCAGUCUCGUAUACAUUUGAUUUCGAUUUGAACGCUGUCGUCUGAAAAUGUGAUCCAGACAGCAUGAUAUUCGUCUCUAGAUAAAUGCUGGAGGAUAAAUAGACAUGCCAAUGGUGACCAGAGCUCGGUUCCUUAUGAAACCUUGAACAAGCGCUUCCGAGCAGCUCAAAAGAAUAUAGACCGGGAGACCAGUCACGUGACGAUGGUGGUGGCAGAGCUGGAGAAAACACUCAGUAGCUUUCCAGUGGUGGAUACCGUAGUCUCUCUCCUGGAUGGGGUGGUUGAGAAGCUCAGCGCCCUCAAGAGAAAGGCAGCUGAGUCUAUCCAAGCAGAAGAUGAGAGUGCUAAGUUAUGUAAGCGACGCAUAGAGCACCUGAAGGAACAUAGCAGUGACCAGCCGGCCAGUGCCAACGUUUGGAAGAAGAAGCGCAUGGACCGCAUGAUGGUGGAACAUUUACUACGAUGUGGCUAUUACAACACCGCAGUCAAGCUAGCCAGACAAAGUGGGAUUGAGGAUUUGGUCAACAUAGAAAUGUUUCUUACUGCAAAAGAGGUUGAAGAAUCUCUUGAACGUCAGGAAACGGCUACCUGUCUGGCUUGGUGCCACGAUAACAAGUCUCGCUUACGGAAAAUGAAAAGCUGUUUGGAGUUCAGUUUAAGGAUCCAGGAAUUUAUUGAACUCAUUCGACAAAACAAACGAAUGGACGCAGUAAGACAUGCACGCAAACACUUCAGCCAAGCAGAAGGAGGGCAGUUGGAUGAGGUACGGCAAGUGAUGGGCAUGCUGGCGUUUCCCUCAGACACGCACAUCUCACCGUAUAAGCAGGUACAAGAUCAGUGGUCCGCAACAUUUUUUUGUCUUUCCUCCCAGGAUCUUUUGGAUCCAGCUCGCUGGAAAAUGCUGAUCCAGCAAUUCAGAUAUGACAACUACAGAUUACACCAGCUGGGGAACAACUCUGUGUUUACAAUUACCCUGCAGGCAGGGCUGUCUGCCAUCAAAACCCCGCAGUGUUAUAAAGAGGAUGGCACUUCCAAAAACCCAGACUGCCCCGUCUGCAGUAAGUCGCUGAACAAAUUGGCUCAACCUCUUCCCAUGGCCCACUGUGCAAACUCAAGGCUGGUGUGCAAAAUCUCUGGCGAGGUCAUGAAUGAGAACAACCCACCCAUGAUGCUGCCUAAUGGCUAUGUUUAUGGAUACAAUUCUCUCUUGUCCAUUCGUCAAGAUGACAAGGUGGUAUGCCCCAGGACCAAAGAGGUUUUCAACUUUUCCCAGGCCGAGAAGGUUUAUAUUAUGUGAUGCGAGCUCCACAAAACUUCUGGAACUUUGCGGCGCCAUCAUAGGCUGGGUGAAUCUCAUUUGUCCAAGGGGGUCAAUCCUUCAGCUCUUGUUCCAUGCAAGUGAAAUUCAUUGACAAUAUGCCCUUGCCCUCAACCGGCCUACAAGACCUUCACUGAACUGAACAGUAGUUCUCCGUGAAACGGACUAUUUUGACGAGGGAGUUUUUUUUGUUGGUGUUUUUAAAAGGGUUGAUAGUUUGCCGUUCAACUGUUUUCUUUUCAGUAGUGUAAAACAAACCAACACGACUCCAUGUCAAUUUAUCACAAAGGAACAUCUGCCUUGUAGUGUGUUAACAAAAUGAAUUAUUCAUUGUUGGUUUUUGAACAAGGGCACCUAUUUAGGUCAUUAUUUUUAGAUAGAUUGUGAGUAGGUAGUUGUAGAGAACAGUCUCCGAUGCCUUGCUUUUGCACCUGUGAAAUCUGUGACAACAUGCAUUUGUUAAUAUGAUAUUUUGACUGACGUCCUCAGUUUAUGAGGAUGUCAGCGUUCAUGUUAAAAACGCUGUAGCAUUUAUAGCAAUACUGCUCUGCUCUGAUGUACAGACUACAAAGACAUGACAGUGUUCUUUUGUGUCAGGCUUUUGUUAAAGAAUCACAUUAGUUUAUACUUUAACAGUACAUACUAUAUAGACUUAUGAACCUCUUAUAUCAUCCUCAUUCAUCAAAUAAAACUUUCUGUUUGACCAAAGUCCUUUCAGGACAAGUAUGCAAGAUUGAAUUCUGAUGGAUAUGCCUACAUUUGGAGGAUUUUUUUUAUUUUAUUUAAUAACUAAUGGUAUGUUGUGUUUAUACAAAACAAUAUCAUAUGUUGUUAACUUCAUGCUGCAUUUAGUGCUGUUUUGUGACUAAAACUUCAAUUGUAAAAUAGUAAAGCAGUUUUUGGUGUUUUGGAUCUCAGGGUAGAUUCAAAUCUUGCACAGUUUAUUACAUGGACUGAAUUUUUUUUUUUUUUUUUUUUUUUUCCCCAUCAUCAAUAUUUACAGUCUAUCCAGCCUUGAUACCCUCAUUUUGUGAUGUAAAUGUCUUGUGUGAGGUUUCUUCUGCUGCAAAACUUAUUAAUAUGGAUCUUUUCAAGUAUGUAGGCUAGUUUUACAUUUGUCUUACAGUAGAAUUUCAAAUUCAUUGUAAGUAUAGUGUGUGUACAGUCGUCUUGAGCACAAUUUCCAAAGCAGGUUAUUGGUAAAAGAAGGUUUUGAUAAUGUUCUUCAUGCACACAACCCAAGAAAGUCUCAGGUUUCACAGGAUCAACAGCAGGUAACCAAUGGAGGGAUGAGCAGGGGGCCGUCAAUGAAAGGCCCUCUGGUAUUUUAGUUUCACUUUAAUGUGCACCAACAUCCCUUCCUGUUGGAAAUGAUUCUCCGUGUGUUUAACUGUAAUUGUGGAAAGACUUGCUUAGAAACUGCGCAUGCAUGUGUAUUUUGGUAGGAUAGAUGGGUUGUUCGUGUCGAAUUGCCAAUAAAGAUUGAUUUGAUUAUA